CAUUGUAUAAACGCGUCCUUCUACAAGAACUUUUACUUUAUAGUGAAAUAUACGAUAAAUAUGGUGAAGAUGGGUUCUCUGGCGGAGGUGGUUCUAUGUCUCCAGAAGAAGUGUUUGCAAGCUUAUUUGGUUUUGGUGGGACUGGAUAUUCCAGGCAAAAGCGAGGCAAAGAUAUUAUCAAACCUUUUAGUGUCACUCUUGAAGAUCUUUAUAAUGGCAAGACAACCAAGAUUUCGCUGCAGAGGGAUGUCGUAUGCUCAUUAUGUCAUGGGAAGGGUAGCAAAUCUGGUGCAACCAAAAAAUGUCAUAGUUGUGAGGGUCGUGGUGUCAGAGUAGCUAUGCGACAAAUUGGACCUGGCAUGAUUCAGAGGAUAAACACAGUUUGUGCAAAUUGCGACGGUACAGGUGGAGUGAUUAGAGAGAAAGAUAAAUGUAAAAAAUGUAAGGGUCUCAAGGUUGUGGAAGAAAAAAAGAAAUUAGAUAUCUAUAUCGAAAAGGGGAUGCAAAACAAUCAAAAAAUUGUUAUGCAAGGUGAGGCAGAUCAGGAGUUUCCAUCGUCAAUUUCUGAAAAUGGAUAUGGACAAAUGCAAUUAAUGACUUCAGGCGGAUCGGCAACACCAACGUUGGACGGAUUAUUAACGAGUUGUGUUUUUACUGACGAGGUUGAAGCUACAGAGGAAGCGGCGGGCGCAACGUCAAUUGGGGAUACCUUUCCGAGGCGAAUCCUAAGUUUCGUUGCUCCAGUUGUCGUUGAAGCAGGUUUAUCAUCGG